AUGCCAACCAAAAACGUUGCUGCUAAACGAACGUCCGAAACAGCCUCAACAUCUCUAAAAGAUUGUUCAAACAACAUGAUGUCAGCGUCCGAAGCCGUUCAUAGUUGCCAAGCUGAUGGAUGCAAGCUCCCGGACUCUAGCCGGAUGGUGGCGUGCGACGUAUGUGACUCUUGGUGGCAUUACGAGUGCGCGGGUGUUGACGAUAGCAUUGCGGAUAAGGAUUUCGUUUGUAUCCGAUGCUCCGCACCAACCGAGAAGCAGACCACUAUUAUCGCCCCGGCAAAAUCACUUACCGGCUCGAUGUCUUCGGCAAGCUCCACUGGAAGACGGGCUAAGCUUAAACUGCAGAAGCUGGAGGAGAUGAAGGUACUCCAGGAGAAGCAACUAGAGCUUGACCAACGUAAACUUAAUCUGGAGAAAGAUUUCCACAAUGAGAAGUUCCGGGUUCUCGAGGAGGAAGUAGCGGACGAGGAAGAACGGCAAAGCCGAAAAUCCAAUCGAAGCAACUCGAGUCAAAUAAUCCAGUGGAAAGUGGAUAAACUCCUAGGCAGCGUAGCGAAUUCAACUGUUAUCCCGCUUGCCAAAGAGGCAGUUCCUACCGUGAUGACGACAAACGAUGCGAUAUGCGUGGGUGGUAUCCAGGCUCCUGUUGAGCUUCAAGCGGCUCUUGUUUCUACAAUACCGAAGCAAACUAGCGUCCUUGCUACAGAACCUGCCCUUAUUUAUUCACAAAAACCGACAGGUAUGUUUAUUCCCUAUUCCGCGACUGCCGUGCAACAGCCUUUAUUACUGCGUACGAGUACCGGUGCGGCGACUGUGGGUGGAGUGAACACCCAUGUACACCAUUCAAUAAGAAGCGCUCUUAUGUCCACAAGUGCCGCGGGAACUCCUGCAUCAGCACCGAUUUAUUCGAGUCCAUCAGGACCUGUGGUGGCACCUGCGCCUCCUCCGGUGGCCCAAGUUCCUAGCAACCAAUGUUUACCAAUAUCGACGGGGCACUCAAUGUAUCCGCCCCAAGCUGGUUUAAUGAACACCGAGAACGUCGAUCUUCCGAGAACUUCAUAUUACGUGCCCGGUUCUCUCUCGUUGUCAAAUCCUGCUGCCGUGCCGAACCCGACGCCAACGCAUAUGAUGAGUCACGUCAACCCAGCGACUGAUGAUAAUUACUUAGCGCCGAGCCCUAGCCAUAUUGCAGCUCGACAAGUAAUGGGCAAAGAUCUUCCACUGUUUUCGGGUGACCCCGAAGACUGGACACUCUUUAGCAGCGUGUACUACAAUACGUCUCAAGCUUGCGGAUAUUCCAAUGUGGAAAACUUGUCUCGAUUACAGCGUUGUCUAAGAGGACCAGCAUUGGAUGCCGUGAGUAGCUACUUACUAUCCCCAUCUACUGUUCCCAUGGCAAUGGAAAACUUGACAACCCUGUACGGCCGUCCCGAGAUCCUGGUUUACACACUUCUGAAGAAGCUGAAGGAGACACCACCACCAAAACCCGAUAGACUCGAUUCCUUGAUUUCCUUCGGUAUGUUGGUGCAAAGUCUGGUUAAUCACAUCGAGGCUGGUCAACAAACAGCACACUUGAAUAAUCCGACAUUACUCUUCGAGCUUGUAGAAAAGCUGCCGGUCAAUAUUCAAAUGGACUGGGGAAUAUAUAAACAACAGUUCUUGGAGCCAAAUUUACGAGUCUUUGCGACGUUCAUGUCGAUCUUGAUCAAAGCAGCUACACAAGUGACGUUGCCAAAGAGCGCGAAACCAGAUCCAAAAGGGACUAAAUCGGAAAGGGGAAAAGAACGUGGCUUCUUACAUGCACACGCUGAACAAAAUUUUACCUCUGCAUCAGAAAAGGAGAGCAGAGAGCCGACAACAAGCGAUCCUAAAAAGUGCAAAAUUUGUUCCAGAUCUGGGCACAAGAUUCCCGAAUGUACUGAAUUCCAUAAGAAAACUACUGAAGAGCGUUGGGAUCUCGUACAUAGUUUGUUCCUAUGUCGUACUUGCCUUUACCCGCACGGCAGGCGCCCGUGUAAGCAGAAGAAGGCUUGUGGAGAACAAGGAUGUGACUACAAACACCACCCUCUGCUUCACACAUUCAAACCAUCGUCGCCUGAGGCUGGAACCGUAAAUAACCAUCGUCAUGCGGGAAAAUCUUGUUUGUAUCGUAUACUUCCUGUGACGCUGCAUAGUAAAAAAGGUUCGGUAAACGUCCAUGCUUUUCUGGACGACGGUUCGUCCUUAACACUCUUGGAAGAAAGCGUCGCGAACCAACUUGGGCUUGAAGGAGAAACGGGAAUGCUAUGUUUAACAUGGACGUCAAAUGUGACACGUGACGAAGCUAAUUCUAAAUGGGUGAACGUAGAUAUUGCUGGAGAUAAAAAAUCACAACAGUACACGCUUUCAAAUAUACGAACGGUUCAAAAGCUCGCCCUUCCUUCCCAAACGUUACAGUACAAGCAAUUGGCUGCAAGAUACCCUCACCUGUCAGGACUUCCGGUUACCGACUACGAAAACGCGAUCCCAAAGAUCCUGAUCGGAAAUGACAACGCCCAUUUGGCGGUCCCACUUCGUAGGCGAGAAAGUGCGAAGGAUUCCCCGAUCGCUACAAAGACACGCCUUGGCUGGACAAUUCAUGGUCCUGUCUCAGAGCAUAACCCAACGAGCCCAACGUACAGUAUGCACAUUUGCGAGUGCUCGAUAAAAUUGGACGGAUUACAUGAUUUAGUCAAGCGGUCGUUCGCGGUAGAAAGUCUGGGAAUCUCCCGACACAGUGAUCCCGAAUCUAAUGACGAUAUAAGAGCUCGGCAGAUCCUGGAGGCAACAACGAAACGAGUAGCGCAAAGGUUCGAAACCGGUUUGUUGUGGCGCUACGAUGUUCUCGAGUUUCCUGAUAGUUUUCCCAUGGCCUACAAACGCAUGCUGUGCCUCGAGCGACGUAUGCAAACUGACGCGAUAAUUGGGGCCAGUGUAAAACGACAGAUUUCCGAAUACAUUGAAAAAGGUUAUUUGCGAGAAGCGACUGUGCUGGACAUAGACAACACCGAUGUUCGACGUACCUGGUAUCUACCGCUGGGAGUCGUCCUUAACCCCAAAAAACCCGGGAAAGUUCGUAUUUUCUGUGACGCAGCUGCCAAAGUGGAUGGUAUUAGCCUGAAUUCGAUGCUCCUGAAGGGUCCGGACUUGCUAGUUUCACUUCCAAAAGUUUUGUUUGGAUUUCGGGAACGAAGAAUCGCGGUGUGCGCGGACAUCAGAGAAAUGUUCCACCGUGUUCUUAUACGAGACGAAGACAUAAAUGCGCAGCGAAUUCUCUGGCGUGAAGAUCCCUCUCUGCCACCCCGAAUUUUCCUCAUGAAAGUCGCCACCUUUGGAUCUACCAGUUCGCCAUGCUCCGUUCAACACGUGAAAAAUCUUAAUGCGCGAGAGUUUGCAGACAGGUUUCCGGAAGCUGUGGAGUGCAUCCUGAACUACCAUUACAUGGACGAUUUUUUGAAGAGUUUCGACGACGAAAUGGAAGCGGCGAAAAGGUCAUUGGAGGUAAAGUAUAUCCACUCUCAAGCGGGGUUUGAAAUACACUCGUGGUCCUCGAACUCGAAAAAAGUUUUGGACGCCGUAGGAGAAACUGAUCCAACUUCUAUUAAAAAAAUUGCUUUGUGCGACCAAACCGUUACCGCAAGCGCGACGGAGCGCAUAUUGGGGAUGCUGUGGUUGCGUGAGGAAGACGCAUUCACCUAUUCGUCGAACUUAGGGCAUGUUCCUGAAUGGCCGACUAAGCGAGAAGUCCUACGAGUCGUUAUGAGCCUUUAUGAUCCCCUUGGAUUACUUUCGCACUUCAUUGUCCAUGGAAAAAUUCUGAUUCAGGAUAUUUGGCGAACUCAGUCUACCUGGGACGAGCCCAUUUCCGAAACUCUGAAGGCUCGCUGGUCACAGUGGAUUGAUUUGUUUCAGUUUUUGGGAGAUAUUCGAAUCCCUAGACCGUAUUUUCCUGGACAUUCAUCACAUGAACUGAGCCCCCUUCAACUUCAUGUUUUUGUUGACGCAAGUGAGUCUGCGUACGCUUGUGUGUCGUAUCUACGAACGGAAAUAAAUGGGGAAAUAAAAUGCGCGCUUGUAUCGGCGAAAUCAAAAGUGGCCCCCCUGAAAACGUUGUCCAUUCCACGGCUUGAAUUACAAGCCGCGAUCAUCGGAAGUCGUCUGUCGAAGAACGCAGUGGAAGCACAUUCGUUGGCGAUAACUCGAAGGUAUUUUUGGACCGACUCUCGCACCGUUUUAGCCUGGAUCAAUUCUGACCUUCGAAAAUACAACCAGUUCGUAUCCUGUCGCAUCGGCGAGAUCUUGGAAACCACUAGUCCGUGUGAAUGGCGGUGGAUUCCAACCAAAUUAAAUGUCGCUGACGAAGCAACCAAAUGGGGAACUGGGCCAGAAUUUUCAAGCACUGCUCGUUGGUUCAACGGCCCUGAUUUCCUGUACGGACCAGAGAAGAGUUGGCCACUGCUACCGACGGAAUUGAUAGAAGUACCUGAAGAACGUCGAUCACUUAAACGAGAAGUCGUUAACAUUCAUCACGUUCCCGAGGUCAUCGGUUUGACGAUCGAUUGGGGCAAUUUUUCGCAAUGGAACCGUCUACUAAAUGCUAUUGGGUAUGUUUUCCGUUACGUGCACAAUUUUUGUCAAACAUCAAAGCGCCUUCCAGGUAGAAGUGGACAUUUAGAACAAGCUGAGUUGAUCGCUGCAGAGAAGCUGAUUUUUCGAACCAUUCAGAACGAGGUAUAUUCUGCGGAAAUAGCAAUACUAAGAGAGGGAGGCGGUCGACGCAUAAAACGCAAUAGCCCAUUGGCUCAAUUGUCUCCUUUUAUUGACAUAGAUGGAGUUGUACGCAUAGAAUCCAGGAUCAGCGAAGCCGCAUUCAUAUCAUAUGAUACCCGUAAUCCCAUAAUACUUCCCAAAAAACAUCACGCCACCGAGCUGAUCGUUUUGUGGUAUCAUAGAAAGUACUUACACUGCAACACAGAAACGAUCAUCAACGAAUUGAGACAGAGGUUUCACGUGUCGUCAUUGAGGACGAUGGUUCGUCGCAUCCGUAAACAGUGCACACAUUGCCAGGUCUACAAAGCAUCGCCAGCGGUUCCCCGUAUGAGCCCUCUACCAGCAGCUCGCCUUAGAGCUUUUCAUCGACCGUUUUCUUUCGUGGGCCUCGACUAUUUUGGCCCUAUGAACAUUAGAGUAGGACGCAGCACGAAUAAAAGAUGGGUUGCCCUGUUUACUUGUUUGACAAUCCGGGCCGUCCACCUUGAAGUCGUUCAUUCCCUUACCACAACUUCCUGCAAGAUGGCUGUACGACGGUUCGUAGGUCGGCGAGGGCCCCCCGUUGAAAUUUAUUCGGACAACGGGACGAAUUUUUUGGGUGCAAGUAAUGAGCUUAUCGAAGAAUGCAGGGGUAUCAAUAAAGAACUUGCUGAGACAUUCACCAACACCGUGACAAAAUGGUGCUUUAAUCCUCCGUCAGCACCGCAUAUGGGAGGCGCAUGGGAGCGCCUUGUACGAUCGGUAAAAACGGCCUUUUUUGCCAUGACAACAACGAAAACGCCGAAUGAAGAAACUUUUUCUACCAUACUCGUUGAAGCGGAAGCCCUUGUCAACUCUCGGCCUCUAACUUUCGUUUCCAUUGAAGAUGACUCCCAGGAAGCUUUGACUCCAAAUCACUUCCUUCUGCUUAGUUCCAGUGGGGCAGUUCAACCUUCUAUGACAAUGGUAGAUCCUAGGCUGGCCAACAGAGACGAUUGGAAUCACACUCGGCAUCUCGUAGACUUAUUCUGGCAUCGGUGGAUAAAGGAAUAUCUGCCCACCAUCGCUAGGCGAACCAAAUGGUUCGAAGAAGUGAAGCCAAUCGAACCUGGAGAUUUGGUAGUUAUUAUCGACGAAAAUCGGCGGAAUGGUUGGAUUAGAGGGCGCAUUUUGGACGUGGCAAAGGGUUCAGAUGGGAGAGUUCGUCGAGCUACUGUACAAACAUCGAGUGGGAUCUUGAAAAGACCGGUAGCGAAGAUAGCGGUUUUGGAUAUCGGUAAGCCAUCGAUGGAUCAUUAG